AUGACUAAUAUCAAACCAGAAAACAUACGAACUAAUAGUGAAGUACUGAUCGUAUGUGGAGUUUCCAAAAAUGGUAUGGUGCCUUGAACGGAGCUUCAACCAGUUUGUGUAACGAUCACAGAUACCCCCCAGGUAUAUAUUCUAGGUCCUGGACUAACCUUAUCUUCUAACCAACUUCCGAGACUUUGACUUUUUCGAGAUACCUAUCUUGUGGGUGCUUAGUAAAAGGAUAUCUUCUACCCACACAAAGCCAUUGAGGCUCUUCGAUACUGCUAAGAUAUUCUUUGUGUGCUUUGUUUAUGGUUUGGGGAGAACUGAGUUUCACUGUCUCGAUAGCUGGUCACUGCAGUUGGAGACAGUCUUGGGAUCUGGUAAGUUGUUAUACUUUUCUAGUUCUCAGGUGGUUUUUGUGUUGAUGACCUUUACUUACAAUUUUACAGAUCUCGAUUUGAUACUGGCUUUCUAUUGCAUACUACAAUCAGAACCCAAGAAGUUGGUCAGCCAUUUUGCGUAAGUUUAUCGAGAUCUUUUUAUAUUACCUAUUUAUUCUUGGAGAAUAGAGACUGAUUAUAGUACAAGUGCCACGAUGGAUCCGCAAACAUACCAUUUCAAGGACCAUGUGUCUCUUAGCAAUAAGAUUCAUGAGUUGGUAGUAGAACUUAUGGAUUAUUAUGCAAUUAAUUAUCCUGAAGCAUCGGCCAUACAACAGAAUGAAUAUAGACAAUAUGUAUCAAAUAUAUUCCGCGACAACGUCCGAGUUCCCGCCAUCCGAUACACCCUCUCUGGAGAAGUCUCACUGACUCUAUUCGACUCACUCAUUCAGGGGAAGUUCUUCCAGAUGCAGUCGUUCUUCUUACAAAAUUUACAGAACCAGCAAAGUCUACAGUACCAGCGAGAGGUCUAUCAACGCACGCCUGUUGCACCCAACCAAGUGAUUGUUCCUCAAUUUUUGCAGAAUAAUAAUAAUUCGCAUGGCCAGUUUAUGCCUUUACCAUCUUCGGGAUCUUCUCAACCACCAUCUAAUCAACAACCACAAAAUGUAGCCUUCAGAAAACUUCCAGCAGAAAUUCGACAUAUCAUUUAUGCCAAUUCUCUCAAUAUCCCUUCCCUUGCCGAGGCAUCUAGUCUCAGAGAGAGCGAAUCACUUCACAAGAACCAGACUCUUCUCGCAACCCUCCAAGUCGCAGGCGAAGAAGAUCACCAUGAGAUCUAUAAGCUUUUCUACGAGAAAAAUGUCUUCAUCGCUGCUUUUCAUAACCCCGGAGAAACUGCACACAGACAACAUUCGAUCAGUUGCGCUGCCAUCGCAGGUUGGCCUUCACAACGUCCUUGGAUGGCAAACAACUAUACGGACUCCAAGAUUCUGAGUCGUCUUUCAAAGAUUCGUCGCUGGUUAAUCUUCAUUCGUGCAGAUGACGUCCAGCCCCCCAGAAAUGCGGGAAUCAUCAGUUUUUGUCACGCUUUAUCUUUGUGGGAUACUAAGUGCAAAUUACAUAUUGAGACCAUGGUUGAUCCAAAGGAACCAACUAGGAACAUGGCGCAAUACCAGACAGAACUUGGGCAAGUACUUGAUCAUUUCACUUAUUUGAGAUUAUCAUCACUCAUUGUCAGAAUUGCAACGUCAGAGGAAUCGUCUCAAUUUCCCAAGAGAAAUUUGUACGUCCGACACUAUGACGGAAAUGUGGUUCAGAGCGAAUUGGCAUUGGAAAACUACAAACAGUCGUCGUGCAUCAUGGCUUGGUGUCUGGGAGACUCUCCGCGUCGUUCUCCUGCCAAAGUAUUGCUUAACUGCCUCAGCUUCCAUCAAGCUUUUGAAAUGGAUGUUUCUAUCAAGUGUUCGAUGGCUGUAAACGAGGAUGGAGCAAUCGAACACAGUGAUAAUGAAAUUGACUACCAGAGCAAUCUGGGACUAGCCCAAAAGGGAUUGGACUCUCUAUCGAAGACAGAAGCCACUGCAGCACUCCGACGGGCCAGAAUACAAAACCGUAAUGCCAACCACACAGCUUUUGAGCACGAGAUUACCACCGUUACCAACUACCUCUUCGCUCAUUAUCGUGAAAUCAGCGCCGCUAGAGAAAACCAGCCACGCUGGUUCGACUCUAUGAUAUUCUUCGGCCAACAAUAUAGUGACCGCAGAUGGCACCGUGCUCAGAAUUAUGUCCAGGAAUACUCCAAUGCCUUUUUCAGAUACUACAUUGGAGGUGCCGAUCGUGAGAAAUCACGAGUUCGAGAGGUGUUGAAGGGAAUCAAGCAAAACCUUGGGCAUGAAAAGCUCUUGCGACAGGUGUCGUCACUUACUUUGGAACGUGGUGUUUCGAAGUUGAGACGGGCUUUUGAAAUCUUGGAGAAGCAAUGGGGAGAAGUGGAGGAGGCGAAGAACCAAUUCUAUGAUUAUGAGGGUGAAAGAUGGGAUUAUCAGCUUGGUCAAGGUCCAGCUGAGGUAGGGGAUGAGGAUGAUGAUGAUGCGUAG